GCAAUCUUGCAUAACUUACGUAGUAUGUUACUUUGUGAUGUAACACCAUUGCCACCUUCCAUUUAUAUAAUCUCUUCUCCCUUCCCUUUUUCUCCUAAACCUUUCCUUCAUUCUCUUCCCUUGAAUCUUUCUCUCUUUUGUUCCUCACAUCCCACCAUGAUGAGAGGCAACAGCUUCUAUGGGGACGGUGGCGUGCGGCUAGAACUGAACCCCACUGCCAGUUCACCACUCGCCAUCGACGUUACGGAGUCGACGGAGGUGAGAAUCCAACGUCUCAUCUUCGAAAACCCCGUAGUCAUCUUUACCCGUUCGUCUUGCUGCAUGUGCCACGUCAUGAAGAAAUUGCUCUCUGCUAUUGGGGUUCAUCCCACUGUAAUUGAACUAGAGGAAGACGAGAUAGCUGCCCUCCCAUCCGGAGAUGAUGAGGUGAUUCCCGGUGCCGGCGAUGCUCCGGCGGUCUUCAUUGGACGGACACGUGUCGGUGGACUAGAGAGCCUCGUCGCACUUCACUUGAGUGGUCGUCUUGUUCCUAGGCUUGUGGAAGUCGGUGUCAUCACUCAUGCGGUAUUGUAAAAAUAAUUUCAUCCUUUCAAUUAUAUAUAUUAAUUAAUCCAAUUGUCCAGAAAACGAACAAAAAGAAAAUCUUAGGAAAAGAAAAUAAUUAUGUGCGCUGCUAGUAUAAAUUAGCUGUUUCUUCCUUAGUUAAUUACUCCAUUAGCUUUGAUAAUUAUUCUAUUUUUCGUGCAAUAUCAAGUGUUAUUAUAUAACAUAUCUGUAUUUUACAGAAAGUGUGUUGCUCUUCUCUUCU